AGUUGUCAAACAAAGUAAAGAAAAGAAGAUUAUACGAAUGGUGGUUGAUACGAGAAUAGUAGAAAAAUUAUCGGAAAAUAAUUAAAACGAGAUACAUUUGUGAAAAUAGGAGUAUAUAAUUGUAUAUAUUUCAUUUUUUAAUUACUGUGGGAGCUAAAGAUGAGUGUUUUACCAUAUCAACCAACAAGCGAUGAGGAUAUCUUUCGCCUAUGCACAAAAGAAUGCGGGAUCAUCACAGCCACAGAGGAUCAGCAAUACUUUGCAUUAGGCUGUAUGUUUUGUCCGGCCAAAUUUCUGUAUUUCGACGCUUUUAUUGGACAUAUGCAAACAGAUCAUGGACCACAAACAAUGGGCCAAAAGGGACUGUUUGGUGAUAUGCUGGGACUCGGUUAUAAUGGCUCCUAUAGUGAAAAUGACAGCGGUCAUAGUGGCGUCGCCGCGGAAGAUCUUACUGACACCGAUCCCUCGCUUUUAGUACCACAAACAGUUAUGAUUAAAGAGGAAGUAGGAGAUGACGCAUUAGAACCACCAAAACAUGAUGACUCCAUAAUUACCGGAUUAUCAACAGAAAAUGAAUUAGCAGACACUGUGAAUUCUAUGUACCCAGUCAAACAGGAGCAUUCAGAGCCGGAAGUUUCAAUGGAAGGAGACGGUGAAAGCUAUAUGCCUGAUAACUACGGAAAUUAUGAAGAUUUCACUAAUAAUGGUGAUGAAGAUGAUCACAAUUAUCAAGAAGAUGAUGAGAAUAAUUAUGAUGACUUAGUUGAACAAUCGUUAUUGGGUGGAAACCAUGAAAUGGAAUCAGGUUUAACUAUGCAUAUUAAAGACCGCAAAAUGAUUCAAUUUCUUAUCGACUCUUAUCGGCGCAACACAUUUCUUUGGGAUCAUCGACAUCCACAAUUUCGUGAUCGUUCUAAAAGACAGCACUUUCUCGAUUGGAUUGUAAUGGAAUUUAAGCGGCGGUUUAACUUAUCUUUGGCAAAGGAUGCAGUUACCCGAAAGUGGGACAAUUUAAGAACUGUAUAUAAAAGGGAAUGCAAUCGAAUGUCUUUGGAAAAUACCAACAUCAGUACACUAUGGUAUUUUAAGGAUUUACAUUUUCUUAAUCGGUUUUAUGGUGGAAAUCAAAAGAUGACUGAGGCUGUCGUGAAGGAAACAGUAUACCGACGUCGGUCCUCCGCACUUUGGAAUGAUGUCUCUACUAUGAAACUUUUAUCAAUGGUCGAACAAUAUCCAUGUUUUUAUAAUAAGUACAACAUAGACUACCGUAGCAAAGAAAAACGAGGAGAAGCACUACAGAAAAUGGCGGCAGAACUGCAAAAGAUGAUUGAGGUCAGCACCAUACAAAUAUCGAAGCGUAUUUCUCAAUUGCGUUUUGAUUACUCCAAACAAAAACAAGAACGUUUGCUAUGCGAGCAAAACAAUAAAGUGUUUAUGCCAACUUACAGUUACUACGAUCAAAUGCAGUUUAUGGAUGCGGAUAUUGCACCAUUUAAAUGUGAAUUUUGUCCUGUUAUUGUGCAAUCACCACGAGAACUAGAUACACAUCUCAAUACGCAUCAGCCAGAGGGUACUUACGCAUGUAAUAUCUGUCCUGUUAGCUUUUUAGACGUUGAUCAGUUGAACCAGCAUAAACAAAUACACACACCCACAAGUAAGGAGGUAAAAUACUGGUGCGACUUAUGCACAGCUAGUUUUCGAACUAAGGAAGUGUACGAUGAACAUAUGCGUCGACAUAACGAUGAACUCUUACUACCUUCAUUAGCCAAUAUCCCGCAUGCAGGCAAUGACAUGGGUAUGGCGGAAAAUGAAAAUUCACUAUUGCACAUGGAUAAUUCCGAGUACGAUGACGGCUAUUCGUGUGACAUAUGUGGCAAAUCUUUUACCAAUAUGGUGUAUCUCAAUGCGCAUCGUGCACAGCAUACCAGUCCCAGUGAGCGUCCAUUCCGUUGUGAUUACUCUCAUUGCGGUCGUUUAUUUCCCACGCGACAAUCUAUGCUAGAACAUGCUAGGCAGCACUAUAGCGAUGAAGAAUUUAAAUGCGACAUAUGUGGCAAAACCUUCAAAUCACUUAAAAAUCUGCAGAAUCACAAACAAAUACACGACGCUAUCAAACGAUAUGUGUGUAAGAUUUGUGGCUCAGCGUUUGCGCAAGCAGCCGGCUUAUAUUUGCACAAGCGUCGACAUAAUCGGCCAAACUCACGCAUACAUCAAGGUUACUGAUCCACUUAUAUAAACCUAUAAAAGGUAUUGCAGGCAGCACUUAAAUAUAGCAUAGGUUAAGCAUAUAGAAAAACAUCUACAGUAAUAUUAACACGUAUUUUCCUAUGCGCGAUAUACUUAUAGUAAUAACUGCAUAAAAUAAACAACUUUAGAUUUUCAAGUAACUACACUUGUGUUAAUGCAAUACAAAGGUCUAAACGAAGUAGAAGUCAUUACGUUUUUAAGACUAAUUUUUAAUUUUAACUAAUUUUAUUUUUUAUUUGUUACACAGUUACAAUAAAAGAGAUUUUUUAUAACUAUGUAGUACUGCAUAUACGUAUGUAAAAUUAUUUAUGCGUACGCUGAAACAAUUCACAAGUAUUAAUACACAAAUUUAUUAUAAUUUAUUUCAAUGGGCACACAUAACGGUGCAAGAAAAUUAUUUUCCAUUAAUUACUCUAGAUUGGUUAUAACAUAGGAAUGUACUUAGAAAUUGUAUAAUAUAAAAUUUAACCUUAAGAAGAAUUAAACGUAAUUAAUAUUAAAAAUUAUCAUAUAUCAAUCGAAUUUAUGCUUUUAAUUUUACUUGGUGUUGGUGUAGAUAAAAUGUUUACCUUUAGUUUAAUAAUACACUAACCAAUGUGAGAAACUUCACUGUUUUAUGGUUGUUAAAGUGGUAUGUUUCGAAGGACCUAAGGACAAAAUUUAGAAUAUUUAUUUUAACAAAAUUACAAAUUUCAAUUUCUUGAUUAAUUAAAGUCUUCUCAAAGUUUCCUAUUGUUUUUAAGUCAUUUAUAUUUUAUGAAUACAAGCACAUUUAUGUACUCAUACUUUAGGGUGUUACGGGUCCCAGCAAUAAUUUAAAAUAAUUCAAUAUAAAAACAACGUACAUAUAUUUGUUUUCAAUAGAAAGCCAUUGUCGUGUGUCGUGUGGCUUUAAAGAUGGUGCAUAUGUCAGAGGCAUGAAAAAAAUUACAAUUUUCAAUUUUUUUCCCAAAUAAAAAGUAAAACAUAGCAUCAUUAAAGAACUUUUCGACUUGACGGAUAUUAAAAAAAUAAUAACUUCAAAAGUAGUGGCGAUUUGUGUUAAUCUGACAAAAAAAUAAUAAUUGUGUCAAUAAAUGAUUUACUGCCUGAUCGACGCGUACAAAAUGGCAUCUGCAGGAAACUAUAUUCAAAUUUUCGGGGAAACUCAACGAUUCGUUGUUUACAAAAAAUGAAAAUUAAAAACAAAAAUUCAUUCGAUUUGACACUAGUUUUUCAUGUUUUCAAAAAACUGUAUAAAUUCUAUAUAAUUUUCAAUGAAAUCUACUGUGCGGUUUUCGAGCUACAGUGGUCACCAGUUCAAAAAGCAUGUAGUUUUGAGAAAAUCGCGUUUGAAGUUUUGCCGAACGUUCCAGAGCGGCAGAGAGCUCUUUGCUAAUUUUGACAAAUAUUGUUGGAGAAUAUUACUAAGAUAUUAUAACUUAAGACAAUGCAAAAAAUGGCUUUUUGAAAAUUCUGACCCACUAACUCCUUAAAUCGAUUUUGUUACGAGUAUAUCGCAUACAAACUGUGUUAAAAAACAAUCAUAACUCAUAAAAAUUUCUGAAUAAUUUUUUUCAACAUAUCGCACACUAACUACAAAAGAGUACACAGUUCAUACGCGGACUGAAUACAAAAGAAUCACAAUUCAAACAUUUUAAAAAUAAGUUUUUUCAAUAUUUAUCAACAUUGUCAUCACUAAGUGAAAAAUCACAGUUAAAUCUUCUAUUUUGUUAAUUGCGUCCUCUGCCAUUUUACUUUUGUAGUAAGUGCGCGAUGUGUUUACUACAUAUGUAUAUAUUCGGUAUGUGUCAUAACCUAACUCUUACAUUGAUAAUUAUUUAUUUCCAAUUUAAAACACCAUAUAUUCUUACUUACAUAUACUUAUGUACAUAUGAUUAUUCACGUAAAAUUUUGUUCACAGGGAAAAUAUAUAUGUAUAUUUUUUAAACUUUCAGACUGGCUGACAAGAAGGAAUUAUUCGACAUAUUUUAUGGUAACUCGAAUAUUUUUUCAAACUAUUUUUUUUUAAUUUUUCCAAAAUACCACAGAAUUUAAGAAAUAUAUUUACCAUAAUUUGGCGUUUUUAACAAUUGAAACAUAUGUAGGCCUAUUGCACUACUUUAUAAAAAAUUAAAUUUUAGUUAAAAAAAAGGAAUUAUAAUUGAACUAUUUCUUAUAUAAUUUUCAUCGUAAACUUUUACAAUGCAACAACAAAAAUUUUCAAAAUAUGUUUACGUAAAGGUCUUCAUUCGUCAAAUUCCUGAUCACUUCGCAGAUAGACUCAAUAGGUUGUGGGCUUAAAUUAUGGUUGCAGCGAAAUUAAGAAAAUAUAUUAUUAAUUUGUUGGGAACAUUUAUAACGCAGAUCAUCAAUUUAUUCAUAAAACAAGUAAUAAUUAUAUGCAUACAUCCCUGUAAAUAGACACAAAUAUUUUUCAUAUUUUCGGAAAAGACUUGCUUGCAUAAAUAAAAGAAAGCUUAUAAUAAAAAAUUUAAUAAUGAAUAUAAACACAUAUACCUUUAAACGACAUAUAAUAUUAAUAAACAAUUUAACUUAAGUAAUUUUCGGAAACAAUUUCUUGUAUAAAUAAAAUCAUAUAAUAAAAAAUAUAAUAAUGAAUAUAAACACAUAUAUCUUUAAACCACAAAUUAAUAAACAAUUUAACUUGAGUAAAUAUCUUCGCAUAUA